AAAAACCAGUCAUUACAGGGGCAGGGCAAUUUUAAGUUUCUUCUUUUUAGACAUAGCCCCUAAUGAAAUCCUCCCCCUUCUUGAGAAGGGAGCUUUCGCUGAGAUCUACACUGGCUUCUAAAAAGCACAGAUGACCUGCUGUACUUCCUGACUUACUUGCGAUUGGUUGGCACCAUUCAUAAAUAUACUUUGCUGUUUUACUUUUCUUUGAAAUGAGCAAGCCUAACUACGUGGAGGAGAAAGGCAGGAGAGAUAGAGGCAGCAGAAGCCAGGGCGGCUGAAACACAGAGAACUUCAGUCUGAACCAACAACAAGCAAAGUUAAAUUGAGGAUAUCCAAGGGAGUCUAUAGAAGGUCCGUGCAAUGUGUGGAGAGUUCCUCAAGAGAGACAUUUUGACUAUCUGAACUGGAUAUCCCUGCAAUGUGUACAUAAAAAGUGAAUGACUCAUUUGAUAAGGAUGGAGAGAACAUUUAUGUCCUUACAUCCGUCCAUCUCCUUAUCAGAAAUGGAACCAAGUGGCACCUUCAGCAAUAACAACAACAACAGUAACUGCACAACUGAAAACUUCAAGAGGGAAUUUUUCCCAAUUGUAUAUCUGAUAAUAUUUGCCUGGGGAGUCUUGGGAAAUGGCUUGUCCAUAUAUGUUUUCCUGCAGCCUUAUAAGAAGUCCACAUCCGUUAAUGUUUUCAUGCUAAAUCUGGCUAUUUCGGAUCUCCUGUUCAUAAGCACACUUCCCUUCAGGGCUGACUAUUACCUUAGAGGCUCUAACUGGAUAUUUGGAGACCUGGCCUGCAGGAUUAUGUCUUAUUCCUUGUAUGUCAACAUGUACAGCAGCAUUUAUUUCCUGACCGUGCUGAGUGUUGUGCGUUUCCUGGCAACUGUUCACCCCUUUCGGCUUCUCCAUGUCAUCAGCAUCAGGGGUGCCUGGAUCCUAUGUGGGAUCAUAUGGAUCCUUAUCAUGGCUUCCUCAGUAAUGCUUCUGGAUCAUCCCACUGAGCAGAACAGCAGUACUACAUUAUGUUUAGAGCUGACUCUCUAUAAACUUACUAAGCUGCAGACCAUGAACUAUAUUGCCUUGGUGGUGGGCUUUCUGCUCCCAUUUUUCACACUCAGCAUCUGUUACCUGCUGAUCAUUCGAGUUCUGUUAAAAGUGGAGGUCCCAGAAUUGGGGCUGCGAGUUUCUCACAGGAAGACACUGAUCACCAUUGUCCUCGCCUUGAUCAUCUUCUUCUUGUGUUUCCUGCCCUAUCACACACUGAGGACACUCCACUUGGUGACCUGGGAAGUGGGUAUAUGCAAAGACAGGCUGCAUAAAGCUUUGGUCAUCACACUGGCCUUGGCGGCAGCCAAUAGCUGCUUCAAUCCUCUGCUCUAUUACUUUGCUGGGGAGAAUUUUAAGGACAGACUAAGGUUUGCACUCAGAAAAGGCCAUCCACAGAUGGGAAAGAUAAAGUGUGGUUUCCCUGUUAGUGUGUGGUUGAAAAAGGAAACAAGAGUAUAAGGAGUUCUUAGAUGAGACCUGUUCCUUUAUCCCUGUGUCCAUCUUCAUUCACUCAUAGUUUCCAAAUGACUUUGUAUUUACAUCAUUGCCAACAAAUAUUGAUUGAUUCUUAAUAUUUAGUUGACCAUGACUUUUGUUAAUAAGACUUACUUCAAAAAUUUUAUUCAGUGUAUUUUCAGUUGUUGAGUGUUAAUGAGGGAUACAAGUUGAGGGAUACAAGAGGAAAAAUCCCUACUAGAGUCCUGUGGACUGAAAUAUCAGACUGGGAAAAAAUACAGAGCACAUUGGAUCCUACUUUUCUUCAGAUCCUGAACAAGAUCUGUGGCCCAUCAGGCUUUCUAUAUUCUUCAAAACAGCCACAACUUCCCCAGCUUCUACAGCUCCCCUGCCCUCUUCAAACCCCUGAGAUAUAGCCAACUAACAAUGCUACUGGAAACCCCAGAGCAGACAAGAAGCGCAUCCUAAGAUUCAGGGAAAGACUAACUGUGAAGAGGAAGGCUGUCCUAUCAAAAACAGCAUUAAGGUCCCAAGAAAGAACAGUGAGAGAAAAGAGGGGAGAAGGAUUAGAACAAAAGAGAACUGGUGAUAAGUAGGGGAAGGAAGAAUUUCAUUUUGCACUGGGAAAGGAGUUCUAACACACUGAAGGCAACACUAUUUCUAUUGUUUCUCUCUUGCCAGGGUAUUAGGAAGGACAGGAAAAGUAGGAGGAAGAUCUGGGACAUUGCCCUAGGAAAUGGAAGAAUUGUGUGUAGAAUGGGAGGGAGAACAUCAAGGUCACGUAUCUCAAUUUUUUUUUUGAGAUGUAGGUUAGUUGACCUUGCUUCUGUUCUUCUUCCCAUUAAUUCACUGGGAUGGAAGCCAAAAAUAAAAGAGAUAUCUCUGGGCGUUGGGGUUGGGCACGCAAAGGAAAGAUGGAGUAGAAGGCAAGUUGCAAAGGUUGUUGCACCCCUGAAAUUCUAUUAACAUUUUGGCAGAUGAUGAGUAGGGUGAUGCUGUCUUCCCUCUUAAGACAGUAGAAAAAUGCUAGGUAGUGUAAGAGAUGCCUUUCUGUCCUCUGAAACAAGGCUAAGGAUACUACCAACUACUACCACCAUGACCAUUGUACUGCCAAUAAUUGAGUGCACUGCCCCUGCUAGGCAGAUUAUGCCAGGCACUUUGCAUUCAUUAAUCCCAUUUGACAUGCACAUACAAAGCUCUGAGUUUCCAUUUUACAGCUGAAGAACUUGAAGCUCAGAAAAAUUAAGAAACUUGUUUAAGUUUACACAGCUAGUAAGAGUUCUCUGUGCAGAAGUAUUGGCAGGGUGCUCUCCCCACUGCUACCCUUGUAAACUUCCAGGAACAUUGAAAGUCUGAAUAAAAGCUCUCCUCUCCUACCA